AUGACAGCCCGGCCUACUAGGAUCACCCAGUGGCAACAGCGUGCUCUCGACAAUGGAAGGACUCCUCUACUUGAGGCCCCCGGUUUGAGACCUUGGUUGAGAGAGCAAUUAUCUGAUGGAGCAGCACCGCCCGCUCGAGCUGUGCUACGACCAUUGGCUCCUGCUCCCGCUCCAGCUCAAGAUACCGCGACUGUAACCCCUAAGUCCACUCAAUUAUCCUCUACCACGACUGAGGGAUCGGCCGAGCCAUCAUCUCAAACUCCCUCAUCUUCCCCUCCUGAUGAAAAGUCUCAGUCUCAAAAGAAGGAGAAGAAAGACAGCAAGUAG